AUGGUCUCUAAAUCAUCCCAAAAGAUUUCAAAGGGUAAAUCCACUCGUAUUUCCAGUCCCAUUACACGUGUAGAUGCAACUUCCAAAUGGGCAACUAUCAGGCCUCAUGGCACUACUGUAGUUGUGGAUCACCGCAAGCAUGCACUCCCGGCUCUACAUUCCGGAAAGCACCUUAUUCCAAAACCACAGGGUGCAGCUGGCAAGGUUUCAGCUGGUGGAUACAGUCUCCGAGAUGCAAUGGGGCUGAAGGGUGACAAGGGACGCUACAAUGGCUAUAUGCAUGAAAUUCACAUUAUUGCGAACUCAACAUUGGAACGGAAGAAGACCUUUCGACAACAACCCCCAUCGCUUAUCAAUGAAGUCGUAUUAGAGCAGUUUGCAGAUGGAUGGCUGAUUCAUGAUGUCCUCAAACGUAUGCUUCUCAAUCAGAAGCACAAUGCUAAGUACCGACUUAAUGAUUCAUGGAACAAGGACUGCCACAAUGAGGAAGGUAAUGAGCCUGAUGAUGAGGAUAACCUUGACAUCGAACCUGAGAGUGAAGGGGACAUCAACCACGCACUGGUGCCAGUGAAGAAGGCUCUCAAGAAGAUCGCUAGGAAGACUACCCAAAAGAAAACGGCCCCUGCUAUAAACAACCUUGACAUUGAACCCGAGAGUGAAGAAGACGUCAACCACGCACCGGUGCCAGUAAAGAAGGCUCCCAAGAAGAUUGCUAGGAAGACUACCCAAAAGAAAACAGCCCCUGCUAUACCUGAUGAUCAGGACGACUUUGACUUUGAACCUGAGAGUGAAGAGGGUGUCGAUGACACACCAGCGUCAGUGAAGAAGGCUCCCAAGAAAAUCGCCAAGAAGAAACCUGCUGACAUUAUAGCUAUAGAAAAGAAGGCUGUUAUGAAGGUACCCAUCACCAAUCUAAAGUCAAAAGGAUCCAGGGCAUGUCCCAAGUCCUCUGGUACGAAGGCUGCUUCAAGCCUACUGGCAAAGGAGCCUCCAAAGGGCAAUAAGAACGCUGACAACAGUUCGGAUGAUGAGUUUAAUGAGUUGAUAUCGGCGGAGGUUCAGCGCACAGGGGUUGAGGCAUCAGAGAAUAUACCUGCCAAAUUCAAGCGCAAACGUGUCAUGAUUGUGACAUUCUUUUCACUAACGGUUGCAACACAGGAAUCUGAAGAUGAGCCUGAUAUCACUGAACAGCAGACGACCCCACCAUCAGGACAAACCAAUGGAAAUGUAGACGUCAGUGUACAGGAUCGUGCCACUGGACUAUUCAAAUGCCCACAAGAUGGGUGCUUCGAAAAUCUUCCCACUAAUAUUAGUUCUCAGCUUCAAGAGUUGCUUGAUGCACGCCAGGCUCACCUCACUGCUGACGGUCAAUUUUCAGUAUCUGUUGCUCACACAGAGCUCGAGAUCUGCCUGGAAAUCACAAAGUGUCGUUGGAGCGAAGUGCUUCUCCAGCGAGUACUAAUGUUUGGAUGGCCCACAGCUAUCGACUUCAAGUUAAUCCCACCUCACAUGAAAGUGCUUGAAGGUGAAGUCCAGUGUCUUCUUACAUCCAGCGACGCCAAGGAGAGUUGCUAUGUCUUUAAUCUCUUUUCUGGCAACCUCAUCGCUGAGAAGAAAUUCGGAAUGAAUCGUAAACAAGCCUUUGAUUCAUUCUCAAAGCACAAGAACUUCAAGAUGACUGCACCUCAAUGA